GGGGAGGGAUGGAUCUCGAGGCGGGUCCAAUCCGGCCCCGCAGCGACGGCGGCGGUCCGGCGGUCGGCAAGGAGACCGAUGGUUGCAAUGUUAGGAAGGAUCUAUUCCUUGCUUACAAGACUCUUGGUGUUGUUUUUGGUGGCCUCGUCACUUCUCCUCUCUACGUUUAUCCAUCUAUGAACUUGUCAUCUCCUACGGAAGCUGACUACCUGGGGAUAUACAGCAUAAUGUUUUGGACUCUUACUUUAAUUGGUGUUGUCAAGUAUGUAUGCAUAGCUCUCAAUGCCGAUGACCAUGGUGAAGGUGGUACAUUUGCCAUGUAUUCUUUGUUGUGUAGACAUGCCGAUAUAGGCAUCCUUCCUUCCAAAAAGGUGUAUUCAGAAGAAGAGGCACUGCUUGACAAUCAGUCUGCAAUGGCAAGAAGGCCUAGUAAGCUUGGGAAGUUCUUUGAGCAGAGCAUAACUGCAAGAAGAGUAUUGUUAUUCAUAGCAGUACUUGGGAUGUGCAUGCUCAUUGGAGAUGGCAUACUUACACCUGCUAUUUCAGUACUAUCAGCAAUCGAUGGGCUAAGAGGGCCAUUUCCUGCUGUUAGCAGACCUGUUGUGGAGGCCCUGUCUGCAGCAAUUCUUAUUGGCUUAUUCUUGUUGCAAAAGUUUGGGACUUCAAGAGUGAGCUUUCUGUUUUCUCCAAUCAUGGCAGCAUGGACUUUUACCACUCCAAUUAUCGGCCUGUACAGCAUUAUACAUUACUAUCCUGGCAUCUUCAAAGCCAUUUCACCGUAUUAUAUUGUUCAUUUCUUUCUGAGAAAUAAAAGGCAAGGUUGGCAGUUGCUUGGUGGGACUGUUCUAUGCAUCACAGGUGCUGAAGCUAUGUUCGCAGAUCUUGGCCACUUCAGCAGAAAGGCUAUUCAGAUAGCAUUUCUGUCUAGCAUAUAUCCUUCUUUGGUGCUCACUUAUGCUGGGCAAACAGCAUACCUUAUAAACAAUGCCAAUGACUUCGCGGAUGGUUUCUACAAAUUUGUCCCUCGACCGGUUUACUGGCCAAUGUUUGUUAUUGCAACAUUAGCAGCAAUUGUUGCCAGCCAAUCCUUAAUAUCUGCGACAUUCUCUGUCAUCAAGCAAUCAGUUGUCCUGGAUUACUUCCCUCGUGUUAAAGUGGUACACACCUCGCAGCACAAAGAAGGCGAGGUUUACUCCCCAGAAAUUAAUUACAUUCUCAUGGUAUUGUGUGUCGGUGUUAUACUAGGAUUUGGUGGUGGGAAGGCUAUAGGGAAUGCCUUCGGUGUUGUGGUCAUAAUGGUCAUGCUCAUAACUACAGUCUUGCUCACUCUUGUGAUGAUCAUCAUAUGGAGAACACCGCUUGUUCUGGCUGGGCUGUACUUCAUCCCCUUCUUCAUCAUGGAAGGGGCCUAUGUCAGUGCUGUUUUCACCAAGAUCCCUGAAGGAGGCUGGCUUCCUUUUGCUGUUUCCAUAAUCCUUGCAUUGAUCAUGUUCGGCUGGUAUUAUGGCCGGCAGAGGAAAACCGAGUACGAGAUGACAAACAAAGUAAGCUUGGAGCACCUUGGCGAGCUCCUGGCGAGGCCUGAGGUUCAGAGGGUCCCUGGCCUCUGCUUCUUCUACAGCAACACGCAGGACGGGCUAACUCCGGUACUUGGCCAUUACAUCAAGAACAUGAGCUCGCUGCACACGGUCACGAUCUUCGUCACCCUGAGGUACCUCCUCGUCGCCAAGGUGGAUCAGAGCGAAAGGAUCCUGAUCAGGAGGCUCGGACCGAACGGGGUGUACGGCUGCACCGUUCAGUACGGCUACGCCGACAGCCUCACCCUCGAGGGCGGCGACGACCUCGCUGCCCAGGUCAUGAACUGCCUGCGAUGGCACAUCCAGAUGGACAGCGCUGGCCGCCGGCCGCCGGUCUCCGUCGAGGAAGAGAUGGCGCGGCUGGAGGCGGCGAGGCUUGCCGGCGUGGUGCACGUCCGGGGCAAGAUGAGGUUCCACGUCGGCGAGGACGCCGGCUGGUUCGAUAGGAUCAUGCUCGGAUUCUACGAGUUCUUGCAUGGAGUCUGCCGGCCGGCUCUGCCGGUUCUUGGGAUGCCUCUGCAACAGCGGGUCGAGAUUGGCAUGCUGUACAAGGUCUGAUGAACUCUUGAUCAAUUCAAUCGUCAGAGCUUUUCUGCUGUUGCUUUCGUGAUUUUUAUGGAUAGAACUAUAGACUUGGGAAUCAAACAAUGAGAAGCACGAGAUCGGGAGACAGGAAAUGUGUGUUACUGUGCUCUCUAUGUAGGUCAUGUAUACAAAAGUCUAGCACGUCAUACUGUUUGAGUUGUUUUGCUCCCAGUGUUUUUUUUGGGGGGAAACAACUUCCAUGUGUUAAGUUGCAGGUGUGAAAACUGGUUGAAGUUGUUACCGGUCAAAUGACGGGGUGAUUAUUUGGUGUUCCAUAAAAAAAAGUCAA